GGGUGUCAUAGUGAGGGAAUCUGCACAAUAAAGGCAGGAUACUCAUGAUAGGAAUUUUUGGUUUAAAACAUGUUUGGGGGGUUUGUUUGGAUAUAUCUGCAUAUAAUACCUAAUUUUACUGAAGUGCUUUACUGCAUACUACAGUACAAAAGGUUACACUUGCAUGAGGAACGAAAGUGUGGGAGAUGAAUGGCAACAAAUACGGAACAGUAGCAACGACAGGAAAAUGGUGGAGGUCACCAACAAAGGUGGAGAAAAAAGCCCGGAUCUCCUGGAACAACCAUUUGUCUGUCGGUGUACUCGUCUACGAGCUGGCUUCCUUAUACUUGUUGUUUUAGCAGUGUUACUCUUCUACAAUGUGAGUUUAAAAGAAGUGUCAGAAAUUUGGUAUGAGACAGUAAAGGCAAUAUACAAUACUACACAGAACACAACAAAAGCAGCUUCGAAUGUCACCGUUAGUGCAUCUGUUCUACAAAGGACAUUUUCUUUUAUUCCAGGAAGUGAGAUACCUGUCUCGUUGUCUGCAUUACCAGGUGAAAAAUGUACACCUGAAACAACAUACUCUGUGGCAUAUCCAUGUAACUAUCAUUUUAUUUUAAAUGAGUCAGCGGGGUGUCAGAAUAAUAAGACCUUUUUAGUUUUAAUGGUUCCCGUAGCACCGCACAACAGGGUAGCUCGGGAUGCAGUCCGCACCACCUGGGGGUCUGAAAAGAUAGUCAUGGACAAAGUGGUGAGGCUUUUUUUUCUGCUUGGUCAGUCUGGACCUGAAGGAAGAGAGGAACUCCAGCAGAAUAUCUUGCAGGAGAGUGCGGAACACCAUGACAUAAUUCAGAGUGAUUUCCUGGACAGCUAUAAAAAUCUCACUAUCAAAACUAUGGUGAUGAUGGAAUGGCUGGCAACCUACUGCCAAAAUGCUGAUUAUGCUAUGAAGAUUGACUCUGAUAUGUUUCUAAAUCUGAACUCUUUAAUGACAAUGCUUCUCAAGGCACCCAAGGAAAACUAUAUAACAGGACUUGUUGCCAAUGGGGCUAUUGUUCUUAGAAACCCCAGCUCCAAAUGGUAUCUUCCAAAAAAUGUGUUUCCUGAAGACUUUUAUCCACCGUAUGCACUGGGAUUGGGCUACGUGUUCUCUUUGGACCUUGCAAACAAGAUAAUUGAAGGAGCAAAGCAAGUCCAAGCCGUCUACAUUGAGGAUGUAUUUUUAGGACUGUGCAUGAGGCAUUUGGGAAUACCCUACACAAGACAGGCUGAUCAGAGCCUCUUCAACGUCUUCCCUGUUCCUUACAACCGCUGUAAAUACUCAAAACUCAUUGCUACAACAACAUAUAACCUACAGCAUCAGGUUGACUCUUGGAAAGACCUUAAGAGACCAGGACCACCUUGUUAACUUUGAAUGAAUAUAUAAAGUGUUUUUAAAAGUCUAUAUGGACAAUUUCACAAAUUGACUCUUGAAAUUAUAUAUUAAUUGUUUUAUAUGUGAACAGUUUAUCUAAUAUACAGGCUGGUAACAAAUGAACAAAUUCUUUGUGAUCUAAUAAGAUGCUGGUAGACAAAAGCCUAAAGAACAGUUUUAAUUCAUCUUGGCAUCAUCAUGUUCAACAAGACAUUUCAUCAGUUGGUGAUUUAAUAAUGGUGAAAGAAGAACUGUGUUGAUUUUCAGCAACAAUAAGGGGUGGAACAGAAUCAAAGUAUGCCAGUAAAAUAAAUAAAUGCCACUAGCAUCGCAGGAACUACAGUUUUUCUAUAAUUUGUCACCUGUCUGUGAAUAAAUAUGGUAUUUUUUAUCAACAUCUAAUAAACACUCAGGGAUUUUGCGAGUAGUGUAUAAAAAAAAAAGGUCAUCAUAUAUCAUAAAGCAAUAAAAGGUUCUGGAUUUUACCUAUGUAAAUUGCACAAUGCAACUGUGAAAUGCAAUGAAAACAUACAAAAAGACUUUUAUUCCAGAAACAUAAAAUCACCCUGAGGAAUUUUGACCAGCUGCAAGCUGAAAGAUCUCUUAUUUGAUUGUCUUUAUUUAUUAAGUAAAAUGUAUUAACUGAGCACCUAAGUGUGAGCAAAUCUUUUGUAAAACAUUUGUAAGACUGCUUCUUUCUUCUGAACUAAGGGAGGGGGAACAAGGCACUGAAGCAGCACAACAUAUAUUUAACUGUAGAGUUUAUGCUUUUACCUCUCCUUAUUUUAAAGAUUUUUACAAACAGUUCUUUACCUCACAUUUGACCUUUUUAUAUUUUAAAGAUUUUGUGUGUAAAAAAACAGAUGUCUGAACAUGAUCAUGUAAAGUUUAUCUUGUGUUUUAAUUUGCAUGAACAUUUACCUGCUCAUGCAAAAAUAAAAACCUUCAGAGUGGAGAAAACAAAUACAAAUCAGAAGGUGUGGCAAAAAAUCUGCAUUUAAAAAACAUAAAAAAAGAAAGAAACUUACUUGCUGACCUACUGCAGUUUUUAUGUGCAAUUUUUAGUUAUGUGAUAACUACUAGCCCUGACCUAACCCUAGAUUUUGUCUAUAUUAUGUAAACCAGUGUAUAAAUCACAGCAAAUCAGGGGAAAAUCUUUUAUUAAUUAAUAUGUUAAUAUAAAAAUAGUAACUAAUUAUCGAAAGAUGGAAGUGUUCUUCACAAUGGUGACAGUGUUACAAGUCAUUAAAGCUCCUGCAUUGAAAAGCUUUUUUCAUGGUGUUUUUCUUUAGAAAUAAAGCCAAACGAAAAAAGAACGACAGACAGCACUGAGUUAGAGACAGGUAUAUGGGUAUAGAUACCUUGUUGAUAAAAGAGGUAAGAGAAAGAUCUGAACUUUCUGAAUAUUAAAACCAGACCAAUUUGCACAACAACCUUGCUAUUAAUAUCUGAAGCUCUUGACAUGCAUUAAACUGCCAGAGUUUUGUGAACACCGAUUAUGUCUUGUUGAACAUCCUAUUACAGAUAGGGUUUUGCCUGGAAGAAGGUGAGUAAAUAUUUAAAUGUUUAAAUAUUUAAGCAGUGACACUAUAUAAAUAUGGUCAUCUAUCGUGUAAAGGAUAGCAUUUAAAUCCUUCAGAUCUCAUACUUUUUGUGCUAUAAGUACAGGACUUAAAACAACUCGUUCCAGUUUCAGAGAUCAGAUAAAUAAAAAAAAAGCUUAAUACUUAAGUGGCCAUGUCACCAUGUUUGUCUGCACAACCAAUGGAGUGUGAGUGUUAUCUAUUGAGUAUUGUGGUGCAGAAUAAUAAAUAAAUCAGUACUAGUUCCAUACAAAACACAUGAAGGCACACAUGAACCUCAUAGUAAUGAAACAAUGCUAUCGACAUCAAAAUCAUGUCGUGUUUUUUAACACUUUACAAAGCACUAAAAAAAACUUUAGAAAGGAAGACUAAUUUGUAUUUAAAAAAAACCUAGGGUGCAAUUUACCUCAGCAUGUCCCAUGCAAUCUGCAAAAAUCCCAAAUUUCACUACCUACAGCCCCACAUUCAACCAGUAGAUGGCACUGUAUUCAUUUAUGCAUGCCCUUAUUUACACACCAUUUCACCGUUAAAAACCGUUGCACAGUAUUUCAGCAUAACGCAGUUUAGUCAAAUGACAUUUUAUUGUUAUUAUUUCUCAUAAAAUUAAAAUAACAUUUGUCCAGGACACGUUUAUUACGAGGCAGCAGCAGACAAUAGGGCAGCCAUAUAAUAGACUAUAUGUAAUAUAAUUUAAUUGAGUAUACACAAACAGAAAGCACAGGCCACUGGAGUUUGGACAGUAGCUGGUAGUAAAUGUGUGUGUUUGUGUUGUUCCCAUGACAUUGUACAUUAAAAGGACAUCUGUAGGUCAGCCUAAACAUCAGUCUCUUUUAAAAAUGCUAAAUAUGAAUUGAUCUGCCAUGUAGGCCAGGUCUGUUGUCACAAUGAAACAAUGCGUGUGUGUGUUUAAUGUUUAAGCAAAAAAACAAACAAACAUGAAAUAACCCCUAAAUAUGUUUGUAUUGUAAUAUGAUCUGCUGAACAAUGGCACAUUCUUGAAUUACUAAUCUGAAACAUGCUUGACAACAGACCUGUCUGAAGGUUAUACAACUCUCCCUCUCUCUGUAAUACAAAGCAGUAUGGGUGAAUAUUAUUUGACAUUAACAAUUUUAUUUAUUCUUUAUUACUGCAUUAUCUGUGUAAAGCUGUUUUAAGACAAUGUCCAUUGUUAAAAGCACAAUACAAUAAAAAUGAAUUGAAUUGAA